AUGCCGAGCAGACGACAAAGAUUCUUCCAACAGUUAUGACUGAUGGGGCAAGCUGAUGGAUCAAAGUUGGAAAAGUCCGAUUCUGAUGAAUGCCUGAGACCGCGUUUUGGCGCCGAGCGUUCACUGAGAAAAUCUAGCCUGUCCAUGCAAUCUUUGAUAUCUCGAGCAACACGCUCAGAUCGAUUAGUUAAAGAGCGGCCACUAGGGGAACUGUUGCAUCAACUGCAGGGGAAGCAAUUAGGCUAACUUGGUUUGACAUCCAGUUAUUAUACCGAGUCUUCUCAUUGAUCGAAGCAAAGUCAUGGAUCACUGGGUUGUUGCUAAUUACUAUUGUUUGGAUGAAGACGGAGGACUGAGUGAUUCAUAUGUAAGCCGGAGGCGGAGGGGCAGGACAAGCGGCAGUUGUCCCGGGGUGCUGGAAAAGUAAGGAAUACUUUUGAGUCUGAUUUACUGGCCUGCUUGGAGGAUUAGCUGCAAGUCCAUCUGCUACGUUAGAAGACAAAUGUAUCGGAUAUGAAAUAAGAUAGACAAUGGAGGCAGGGCCGAACAUAUCGGUCACAGAAUUACUUUGGAAGAGCUGGAUCGAUUGAUGUGUCCAUUUAAACCCGAGAACAUGGGCUGAAGCACAUUUCUAGGAUUUGCAGUCGGACAAGAAGCUUUAUCCAAGUACACUCGAAUAAAAAGGGCAGUAUUGGAAAAGACAAGUCCCAUUUUUAUGACUUGUCAUAGGACCAUUAAACAACAGCUAAAUGUGCUUUGGAGAUGUUUGCGUGUAAGAAAAAGCAAAUACAGCCUUUAAAUCGACCGUGGUGUGAAAAAACCCUCAAGGACUCCUUAGAACUCAGUCAUAUUUAAUGCACAGUCUGCAAAGAAAAGAGAAGUAUUCAUCUACCACGACCAGCUGUUGUUUGACGGAUCGGUGGGCGCUAAUACAAGGAUGAACUGCUUCACCGGCAAAACGUUUGGCCGAUCACAGGUGAACAAAGGCAGUUAAUAGCAGGUGCCCUUUGCCUGGUGCUUUGUUCGAGUUGUGACGGAGUAGGACAACUGCACAUGCGGCGGCUGCAGUUACAUCACUGACGGGGCGGCAACAACACUACACAGCGACUUUACUUCGGGAAUGACUGUGUCAGCUUCAAACGAUAUGGGAUUUGUAUGUGUUUGAUUAACCGACAUAAUUCAAAGUGAAUGUUCAAGAUCAGUGCAUUGCUUACAGGGAUGUCCUUUUGCCAUUUUCACGGAUUUUAAACUGGGAGAUAUUUAAUUCCCUGAACUGGACUGAAUUGGUGUACAAGGAUCAAAUAUUUAUAGCUUUUAAAAGAACUUGGAAUAUGUCAUCUGUGUAUUAGCAUGUGCCCCACUAUAUCCUGGAUGUGUUCUGAGUUCACAAGGCAUGAACUUAGGUUGUGGGGCUGAUCGAUUGGUUUAAUUGAUUGGAGAGAGUAAUCUUACUUUUUGUGUGUGAACUUUAGUGAAGUUAUCUCCUGCCUGACAAUGGAUGUUUAUCCGUGUGUUUUUCCCAAUGCUGUACAUGCUGAAGAGAGCCUGUCUGUGUCCAUUGAGAGGCGUUUUGGAUCUACUUAAUCGAUUGGUGCGAAGGUUAUUUACCAAGUUGGAAAUGAAAGUGUGCCUAUUUCUUAAGGGACGGAGGCCACAACUGUCGAUUCGGAAGACAAAAAAUAUCUGUGUAAUUGUUUUGUGCAUUUUGUGUUUUUUCCUAAUGGACAGCCAGCUGGGUUCGAUCCGGAGCGUUGUGGAGGAAACGGCGGUAGACGAAGGCAUAUCGGAACUCGAUGACAGACAUUUGUUAUUUCGCCAUUCUCUACAGGAUGGGGAUUUCCUUAAAAAACGGAAUUACCUCGGUUUCGAUGAUACCAAACACAAAAUCGAUAAAAAGAAAAAUCACUCCUUAUCUGACUCCCAUACUGAUCUUCGAUUUGCGUCUAGUUUGACUGUGGUAAUUGUCGUCUGCUCGCAUCCAGAGCACGUGCAGUUGAGGCAGACGAUAAGGGCAACAUGGGGCAACGAUGUCAAACAUUUGGGUGGUGCGGCAAUCGUGUUUCUAGUCGGGACGACGACUGAUGGUUCUUGGCAGGAAUUAAUAAGACGGGAAGUUGUAAUACACGGGGAUUUAGUCCAAGUUGAUGUUGUCGAAGACUACAGGAAUCUUUCACGGAAAGUAAUUAAAGGAAUGGAUUGGGUCGUGCAGAACGUGCCCAGGACUCGGUAUUACAUGAAGUGUGAUGAUGACAUUUAUUUAAAUGUGCCAUAUUUACUGAGUGAGCUGAGGAGGGGGGUCAUCGGAUCAAAACAAAUAUUGGGGGCUCUCAGUUCAAGUGCUCGGGUCAUAAGAGACCCUAGGGACGAGUGGUCAGUGCCUUAUACCGUCUUCCCGGCAGAUACCUUCCCCCCUUAUGUUGCCGGGGGUGGGUACGUCAUGUCCAAACUAGCGUUACAACUUUUACUGAAUGUCUUGCCGAAUCUAAGACUAAUCCAUCUUGAGGAUGUUUUUAUUACUGGAGUUCUGGCCCAGGAAGCGGGGUUAUCACACAUAGGCCACGAAGGGUUUUCUUUCUGGCUGAGUUCCAAAGCAAACCCGUGUGAUAUCAUCAGCUGUAGGCGGAUCGUCAGUGUCAAUAUGUCCGCCAAACGUAUUUCAAAACUAUACCGUGAAAUAAAUAAACUGUUAUCCACUUCAGUGGAUAGUUGCUCCAACGGGACCAGUAUUUAAGACCUAAUUUACUAACGAGGCCAGUUGGUUGAUAUAUUUUUGUUGCCACAUUGUUGUAAUAAAUCGAUUUACUGAUA